UUUUAUUAUAAAUAAAAAAUGAAUUGACGUGUAUAAUUUUGAUUACUUUAACAUAGUAUCUUGAUUCCCUAAAAAGUAGCUAUAUUAUCUAGUUAAAAUAUAAUUUGAUUGUACUUACGAAAUAAAUGCAUUUGUUGGGUUUUCUCAUAUAUUCACCAGUUUCCUUGAGAAAGACCUCGAUGCAGUGGCUUGGAAUCGCUUUUUCACAACAUUAUUAUUGUUGUUGUUAGGACUGGAAAAGCUAAACACAUCACCAUGGCCCUUUGCUUCAUCCCUUUCUUCCUUUGGGUCCUUAAAGCCCACGCAACCUCUUUCGACCCCAACCAACAAUUCCCACAAAAGAACAUAUUUAUUCUCGCUGGCCAGAGUAAUAUGGCCGGUCGCGGAGGCCUCAUUAUUAACGACGACCGCACCCGCACUCAGAUCUGGGAUGGCGUCGUUCCCUCCGCUUCUCGUCCAAAUCCCUCCGUGCUUCGCCUCAACGCCAAACUGAGCUGGGUCCAAGCUCACGAGCCUCUCCACGCCGAUAUCGACGUAGCGAGCGUUGACGGGGUUGGGCCUGGCAUGGCAUUUGCCAACGCGGUUCUGGCUGAUGACCCCAGCAACGGGCCCAUUGGGCUCGUGCCCUGCGCGAUAGGAGGGACCAAUAUCAGCCAAUGGGAAAAGGGAACUCCUCUUUACCGGCACAUGGUGAAGAGAGCUCGGGCUUCAGUAGCUGCCGAUGGUGGAACCAUCAGAGCCCUCCUUUGGUAUCAAGGUGAGAGUGAUACUAUUCUUAAACAAGAUGCAGAGGUUUAUGGUCGGAGAUUGGAGAGGUUGUUUCAAGACAUUCGGCUGGAUUUAAUGUCUCCUAUGCUACCUAUUAUCCAGGUUGCUUUAGCAUCAGGUGUAGGACCUUAUGUAGAUACAGUAAGAGAAGCUCAAUUCGGGACUGAACUUUUAAAUGUAAGAACUGUUGACCCAAUAGGAUUGACCGUAGGACCCGAUAAGUUACAUCUAACGACGGAGUCUCAGGUCCAACUUGGGGAGAUGAUGGCCGAUGCUUUUCUUAAAUUCCUACCUAAGCAACUCUCUAUUGAUUCAACUGGAACCCAAACCACUUCUUCUUCUUCUUCUUCAACAAUAUUUUUCUUUUCAAUGAUGCCACUUAUAACCAUUGUCAUAAGUACCGUUUCAUUACUAGUAUAAAUUAGCUGCCUCAUUUUUUUUUUCACUACGUACCCUUUUGGCCGUGGGUUCAACAAUUUUAUGUCGUUAUAUAUCUUAUUAUUUGUAGCUAUAUGAUUUACAUGUGCACAUAUUAUUACUCCAUAAA